AAAGAAGAAAUGGGUGUGGAUAUUCAAGGGAAGCUUCGUCUAGCUCUUGGCUCAAUGAAAGAUCAUGCUUCUAUUGGCAAGGCCAUGAUGUAUCAUCAUCAACAUGAUGGCUUUUCCAACAUAGAGAUAGCGGUUCUGCGUGCCACAGGCCAUGAUAAUGGCACCAUUGAUGACAAAUACAUGCAUGAGAUCCUUUUCCUUGUAUCAAACUCUAAAGGGUCUAUUCCUUUUCUUGCUGAAAGGAUUUCACGCCGUCUUGGCAAAACUAAGGAUCAUAUUGUGGCCCUCAAGACCCUUGUCUUGAUUCAUCGCCUUCUUAGAGGUGGAAACAGGUCCUUUGAACAAGAGCUAUGCAAAGCACAUGUAUCUGGUCAUCUUCAAAUUAGUACAAGGUGUUUCACAAAGAAUUCUGACCCUUCAGUUGUUUUCUUACACAAUUAUGCAACUUACCUUGAAGAAAGGAUGAGUUGGCUCAUCAACCAAGCAGGGAAACUUGAACCUGUUAUGUCCAAAGGGUUAGAAUUUAGGCGCUACGAUGAAAAAUCCAUUGAUAUUGCAUUCAGAACGUUGCCUAAAUGCCAAGUGCUUAUUGAUAAAGUGUUAGAAUGCUCUCCACAUGAUAUGUUGCUCUCAGAUAAUAGCUUGGCUCAAGCCGCCAUGAGCAACACCUUGAGAGAAAGCUUCCAAGUUUAUAUGACAUUUUCUGAAGGCAUUGCAGCUCUUGUCAACAUGUUUUUUGAUCUAACAGCAUCAGCCAAAGGCCUAGCCUGUGAAAUACUCAAGAAAGCUUCUCUCCAGAGCCAAAAGCUUCAUGAUCUGUAUGAAAAUUGCAAACAAGUGGUUGAAAACAAGAACUUGGAAUACCCUUUUGUUCAAAUAAUCAGCAUGAAUCAUAUAGUGGCACUAGAACAAUUUGGUAGCCCACAAAAUCAACUUGCGGCUUCACAUGUCUCUCUAUCUAGAAGGAGGAGUAUCUCAAAUCCUCCUCCAAUUCAUGGCCACUUCAAACGAUCAACAGAGAUAGAGUUGGAAGUGGCAGCAAAAGAAAGCAAAAAGAAUGAAGAGAAAAUUGAUAUAAACUUGUCACCAACCCCAACUCUUUUUUCAUGGACACUAGAGACUAAAAUAAGCAAGGUGUGGGUGGUGUUUGAAGAUGAAGUUUCCAAUGAAUCACAGGUCCUUCCAGCACAACCAAAACUUGGAGAUAUUGGUGAUGUUAGUGAUAUAAAAAGUGAAUAUGGUAGGCCAAGUUUGUUCCUAAAUCCAUUUUCUUCUAGUAUUCAAACAAGCAUGUCUCCAAAGGUAUGA